AUGCUUACCGCCUGCGGACUCGAGACAGCAGCCGACAACAUCGUACGGAGGAUGUGCGAGGAUGCCAAUACUUGGCGCGAUGUCAGCGAUGGUAAUCGUCGUUCCCGUCUUGCACCCGAAUCGUCUGACUCCAUCAGUUGCUUCUAUCAGAAUGUCGGUGGUGUAAAUUCGUGUGUUGUCGAUUACCUACUUGCUACAUCGUGCUCCAGCUAUGACAUCAUCGCCUUCACUGAAACAUGGCUGAACGACCGCACGCUUUCCAGUCAGAUUAUCAGUCCGGACUAUGCAGUCUUCCGAUGCGACCGUAGUCAAUUAAACAGCAAAAAGUCAAUCGGAGGUGGAGUGUUACUUGCUGUGAAAUCUGAACUCCCAUCUAUGCUAAUCGAAGACAACUCCUGGGAUGAUUUGGAACUUUUAUGGACCCGCAUCGACCUCGGCGACCGGAAACUUUACUUGUGCGUAGUGUACGUGCCUCCCGAUCGCUCCGGAGAUCAGGUGUUAGCUGAAUCUUUCUCGCGCUGCCUCACCAAAGUUAGCUCUAUGUGCAACUUGCCCGGUUUGAAAUGGUGUACUUCGCGUAGUGGCUUUCUGUUUCCGGAUCCCAUACGUUCUUCGUUUUCGGCAUCCUCCAACAUCUUUUUAGAUAGUUUAAGUACAGCGACUCUGCGUCAAAUCAACAAUAUCGAAAACGAAAACGGUCGUUUGCUCGACCUUUGCUUUGUCAACGAAGGGUUUAGAAAUCCAACAAUCGAUUUAGCUCCCGCUCCCCUUGUUAAGCCUGUCCCACAUCACCCCGCCUUAGUGAUCUCAAUCGAUGUUGCCAGGAUAUUUGCUCCCGCAGAGAAAACAAGAUCCUUGUAUCAUGAUUUCAAGAAUGCCGACUUUGUAGCAAUCUCCCUCGUUCUGGAUUCUAUCAAUUGGGAAGAUGAACUAGAUUUUUCUGAUCCUGACGCAGCUGCCGAAAAAUUUUCAAAUAUUCUCAACUACACUAUCGAUCGCCAUGUGCCAAAACGCAGCGUUGAUGGUGAUCUACGAACUCCCUGGGUUACUAGAGAACUACGGCGACAGAAAACUGCUAAAAAGUGCGCUCUCCGAAACUACAAUAAGCACAAGUGCCUCAACACGAAAGAUGAAUACCGAAAACUGAACUCUGCUUAUAAGAAAGCCAGCAAACGUUGCUACCUAGCAUAUCUGAACCGGUUACAACGAAAUUUCAAGAGCAGUCCGAAGUCGUUCUGGAAGUAUGUCAAAAGCCAGCGAAAAGAAUCCGGACUUCCGUCCCACAUGUACCUGGACGGCGAUAUUGCUAGCACUGACCCCGGAAUCUGUAAUCUGUUCGCUGAAAAAUUUUCGAGCAUUUUCACAAGCGGGUCCAUUUCUGCAGAACAACUGACCAGGGCUCAGAGCUUCGGAGUUAACACUCCGAUAUUCGAUCAAGCACUGUACCAAGCGCCCUCCGUGACUUGGGGAUAA